GCUUCUCUUCAGAAAGAAAGAGAGAAAGAUGGCAUGGAGUGGAGGAGUGCUUGGAUUCAUGAUGCUAUGGACGGUGGUGAUGGCAGGGAGGAUGAUCAACGAUGGAGUAUCAAUGGUUGGGAGAAGAAGAGAGCUUAUUGAUAAUGGCCUUGCAAAAACUCCUCAAAUGGGGUGGAAUAGUUGGAACCACUUCCAUUGUGGCAUCACCGAGCAACUCAUCAAGGAAACAGCUGAUGCACUGGUGUCAACAGGACUCUCCUCUCUUGGCUACCAAUAUGUUAACCUAGAUGAUUGCUGGGGUGAAUCAGACAGAGACUCAGAGGGGAAUUUGGUUGCCAAACGAUCAACCUUCCCUUCAGGAAUAAAAUCACUCGCAGAUUAUGUGCAUGACAAAGGCCUCAAGCUUGGGAUAUACAGUGAUGCAGGGAGUCAAACAUGCAGCAAAACCAUGCCUGGUUCUCUUGACCAUGAAGAACAGGAUGCCAACACCUUUGCCUCUUGGGGAGUGGAUUAUUUGAAGUAUGAUAACUGUAAUAACCCUGGGACAAGUCCACAAGAGAGAUACAACACUAUGAGCAAGGCACUUCUCAACUCUGGCAGAAGCAUUUUUUUCUCUCUCUGUGAAUGGGGACAAGAAAAUCCAGCAACAUGGGCAAGCGGUGUUGGUAACAGUUGGAGAACAACAGGUGAUAUUGAAGAUAAUUGGGAAAGCAUGUUAUCAAAGGCUGAUGAAAAUGAUCAAUGGGCUUCCUAUGCUGGUCCUGGUGGAUGGAAUGAUCCUGAUAUGCUUGAAGUGGGCAAUGGUGGAAUGACAACAGAAGAAUACCGUGCCCAUUUUAGCCUUUGGGCUCUAGCUAAGGCUCCACUCUUGAUUGGUUGUGAUGUGCGUUCAAUAAGCAGUGAAACUAAAGAUAUACUUGGUAACUCUGAGGUCAUUGCAGUCAAUCAAGAUGGACUUGGAGUUCAAGGAAGGAAAGUGAAAUCUAAUGAUGGCUUAGAGGUAUGGGCAGGAGCAUUGAGUGGUGGAAGAGUGGCAGUUGUGCUUUUGAAUAGAAGUGGUUCACAAGCUUCAAUCACUGCUGACUUGUCUGAUAUUGGACUCCAAUCAAAACAGGCUGUAGUUAGAGAUCUUUGGGAGCAUUCCACUUCGAAAGCAAAAGGACAAAUCACAGCGACCGUGGAUUCUCAUGCUUGCAAGAUGUAUGUUUUGACACCAAAGUGAAAAUUUCGUGUUUCUGAAUAAAGUGGAGAAAAACAUAUUAAAAAAAUUUAUUAGCAACAAAAGAAAAUAGAAGUUGUUCUAAACAUGUACACCUCUUAAGUUUUCCCUGCAUGAAAUAAAAUAAAAUAAUAAAUAUUUUUUUAUUU